AGGGUGUGAGAGAGUGCGGUAGCAACAUAGCCCUCAAUGGCAAUUUGGUGGCUGGAGAAGGCUGCACGAGCCCCGGAAUAUGUAUUUCGCUCAUGUCCUCAUCCGGGACCGACUCAACUUUAGGAUACUUUGACAGCAUCGUGGCUCCUUCCAAGCGUGUUCACCAAGUUUUUAUUUUUUUUUAGAUUGUAUUUUUAUGUAAUCGUUUUUCUUACAUAGGCUAUACAAUCAUUUUGAUUCCAUAUCUGAAUAGAUGUAUUGCCAGUCAACGUAUCUUUAUGAAGCACUCAACUAUUUGUGAAUUCCUCUGGGAAGAACAGGUGUUAAAAAUCUGCGUAUUCAAUACAAACGAAGGCAAACAUUUGUUACAAAGUUGCAAUUUAGCGUUUGGAUAGAAACAACACAGGAAGAGAUCUUGAAGACGGAUGUAACUCCAUGACCAAUGUCGCGCGCGGUAACGAAUUUAUGAUUUGACUAAUGUUGCUCCCAACAUUGUGACAGUAAUACUUUCCUCGACGUGCUUUGGAUUUGUCUUCUACGUUCAACGAAUUGGACCAGUAGCCUAAUUAUCGGGCAGAAACCAAGACAUGGGGACUCAGGGCACCGGACGAAAAAGAAAUCCCAAUAAGGACAGGUCGACGGCCGAGGAUGAUGCCCUUAAUCUCAUAUCAAGAGAGGCAGAGGCCAGGUUGGCAGCGAAGAGGGCGGCCAGGGCAGAGGCCCGGGAAAUACGUAUGAAGGAGCUGGAGAGACAACAGAAAGAGAUCUAUCAGGUUCAGAAGAAAUAUUACGGCUUGGACAACAAACCAGACAAAGUAGACAGCGAAUGGGGACACAUCGAGCAAUGGAUGGAGGACAGUGAGAGGUACUCACGCCCCACACAGAGACAUACUUCGAUCUCAGACGAUGAUGAGCGGAUGUCUGUGGGCAGCCGAGGCAGUGUGAGGUCGGAUAUUGAUGCAAUAGGGGCCUACGGAAGAGGGGGCUCCUCCUCCCUUUCACAGGAGAAGGACAAGAAAUCCAAGAAAAAGAAGAAACACAAACACAAAGAUCGUGACAGCAACGGCUAUGACAAUGAGUACAGUGCUAUAUCCAGUCGGAGCUCCAGACUUGGUGAUGAGAGCACUAGCAGGGUCUCUCGCUCGUCCAGACUAGAUCUGCAGCCGAGCUCCAGACUCAGUGAUGAGAGCAUUAGCAAGGUCUCUCGCUCCUCCAGACUGGACCUGCAGCCGGCAUCCUAUGCUUCCUCUGACCUUAACAGCAACAAUGGUCUGUCCUCUUCUAGGCAACGGCUUUCUUCCUACGAGUCAUCCGGGCUACUCAGCCAGAUCUCCUACCGGCGCCAUCACAGGGGCUCUUUAUAUGAGGACAGCCUGUACAGUGGGUCUCGACGGGUGACCGGCUCCAGCUCUCGUCAUUCAGAGUACAAUAGUUAUCGCGGCAGCGGUUCCAGGGCGUCCUCCAGGGCCAGCUCAGCCCGUGCCAGCCCAGUGGAUGAGGACUGCAACUCUGUGGCCAGCUUCCUGCGCAGCGCGGCCACCAACAGUGGCCUGCCCAGAGACCUGGAUCACAUGAMCAUCCCCAAUUUAUCGGACCUGGAKGACAGAGAUUACCUGGAAAAGGGAUCUCGAGCCGCUUCCACCCUAUCGGCAGCCACCCUCGCCUCGCUGGGCGGGUCUUCCUCCCAGAGAGAAAGUGGUGAGACGUCCAUCACUGGCGACACAGAAACCUCCAUACGAGAGAUCAAGGAGAUUCAUGAGCUGAAGGAUCAGAUCCAAGAUGUGGAGUCAAAGUACAUGCAGAGUCUCAAAGAAGUCAAGGAUACCUUAGUGGAGGUGGAGGAGAAGUACCGCAAGGCCAUGGUGUCCAACGCCCAGCUGGACAACGAGAAGAACAACCUGAUGUACCAGGUGGACACGCUGAAGGACUCGCUCAUGGAGCUGGAGGAGCUGCUGUCCGAGUCACGCCGCGAGUACGAAGGGAAGAGCAAGGACUUUGAGCGUGAGAAACAUGCCCAUGGCGUGCUGCAGUUCCAGUUCAACGAGAUGAAGGAAACGCUAAAACAGAGCGAGGAGUUACUAACAGAGAUCCGUCAGAUGCGUCUCAAGCAGGACUGCUUUGUUAGGGAAAUCUCUGACCUGCAGGAAACCGUGGAGUGGAAGGAUAAAAAGAUUGGGGCCUUAGAGCGGCAAAAGGAGUAUUCGGAUGCCAUCCGAAAUGAGCGGGAUGAGCUCAGGGAUGAGGUGGUCCAGCUGAAAGACAUUCUGAAGAAACAUGGAAUUGUCCUCAGACCUGACCUGACCRCCAAUGGGGAAACGCUGGAGUUGGGCACUGAAGGGUCAGCCRGUGGAGAUCCAGCUUCUCAAUUGGCUCCUGACUCCCAGACGUCGCCCAUGGAAGGGGGGAACAGCAUGCUUGGCAGAGCUCAGGAGACGGCGUUGGGAAGUAGAGGAGAUAAGGUGGUGGAUCCAGGAAGGUCCAGGCAGCAAGAGGAUACACACGAGGAGGAGGCUCGAGAGAACCAUCUGACCUCGCCCACCCCCUGUAGCCUUGUUAGUGUUUCUGAAACAGAGACGCCAAGGGAGGCUCAGCCGUUCUCGCCCACAUUGGGGGAAGAGGUUGAAAUUGAAGGCAGUGAUGUCAACAAAGACUCUGACAAUGGCACACCAGUAGUAGAGGUCAAAAGUGGACCGGUCUGUGAUGCUGAGGUACUUGUGGUUGUAACGGGUCCUGAGGAAGAGGUUACAGUAGCGGGGGAGGGGUACGAAGCAGCAGGUGUAGAGGGGACAGGGCAAGGCAGAGUAGAGGUUGCAAGCGAAGGGGAAAUGGGAAUAGAAAAUGACGAGGCAGAUGAGGCAGAGACCAAAGUUGUCAAGAGCAGUGACGACACCAAAGAGACGUCCUCAAAAGAGCCUACCUCAGAAUAUGGUGCAGCAGCUGAACAAGWGAAAAACGAAUCGAGUAAAGAGGACGUGAAAUGUUUAGACUCAUAUCCUCUGCCUAGGGAAACCAUUGAGGACACCAUGAAAMAUGGCACACAGAUUAGCCAAGGGACAGACCUCGAUACUAGUAGGAGCCCAAUCAAAUCAAACCCUGAGCCUCRGAAAACAAAAAAGKCUGAAGUGUUACCAGAGAUAACUGACCUGCAGCCACAAGCCCAAGCAGGCAACAAGAAGAAGAAAGGCAAGAAGAAGAAGGGAGAGACACAAAGCGAUGUAAAGCAGGAAGACCAUAAGAAGAGCACAACAGAAACGUGUGUAGUCUCCAUGACAAAUAGCACACAGAUUAGCCUAGGGACAGACCUUGAUACUCCUAAGAGUCCAGUCGACUCAAACCCUGAGCCUCAACCUGAGCCUCAGAAAACAAAAAAGGCAUGUGUGUUACCAGAGACCACUGACAUGCAGCCACAGUCCCAAGGAGGCAAGAAGAAAAAGAAAGGCAAGAAGAAGGGAGAGAAACAAGGUGAUGAAACGCAGGGAGAUAAGAUGAGCAAAACAGAAAAGGAURUGGUCUCCACCCCAACCGAUAAGGAGCCAGUAGAGGCGGUAGGAGAGGGCGUUAUCACAAUAGAGACACAGCAGCAUCUAGAGGAGGGGACCAGUAGUUCACCAGAUCGAGAGCUCCAAACCAUAGCUGAGGAGGGACUGAACCUGAAGGAAGAACAACUAGAAGAAGACCGAGUAGAGGUUAAAAGCGAGGGGCCUACCAUUGAAGUAUCUCUGACUGACCAAGCUAAGAGUGAGGAAGUUGUCUCAAAGAAGAAAAAGAAGAAAAUGAAAAAGGACAAACACAAACCUACAAUGGAAUCGGCGAAAUCAGAAGGCGAGAUAUCAGUAUUWUCCCUUGAGUCCAACAUUGGUACUGCUGAUCCUGUUGCUCACUCCAAGUGUAUAACCAGCGCUUAUAACCCUAUGGAGGAAUUAGAAUCGACAACAAAUACUGGUACCCAAAAGGACGAGUCAGGGUACACAACCAACCCUGAUAACUUUGGAGACUGUUUGAACUCUUCAGCUGACCCAAAAUGUCCAUUGGACUCGAAACAGUCCACAGCUGGGAAUUCAAACAAUGUCAAAGAGGAAGGUGCAAUCACGGUCUCAGUUGAAGAGGCUCAAACAAUCCAAGACACAAAGGAACAGGGGAAUAACUUUCACAGUCCCAUCGUUCUAAGACCAGAGCUCAAGAAGAGCGUGGAACCUGAAGACCUUUUCUCCCAUGAUGGUGUCACUACUCACCCAGACCAGGCUAAUGAAAAUGCGACACAAGACCUAAAAGAGGCAGGUCAGGAUAAACAAAAUGGGAGCCCAGAAGAGCGUACAAAUGCACUUGAACAUGAAGACACUUCAAUGGCACUGCCAGCAAAUGUAGAGAAAUGCAACAAUUCAGCAGAUGAGAAAUGUUGUAGCAUAUCGCUUGACCGCAACUGCCCUGCUGCUGAGACCAUAAGACUGCCUGAACAAUUGGUGGAUAUACUUGAUUGUCCAGUCACUAACAUGCACUUGUAUGAAAACAACAAGCCAGAAACRCUUGAUCCAGAAGAGGCAUCAAAUGGAGGGAUCUCUACAGAGACCGAGCUGAAUGAUACAGAAACACGACUACAGGACCCAUUAAAAGAAACUCCGGUKACAAUUGACUCUUUUAGGGAACAGAGCCAUAAUGAAAGUGGACCAUGCACUAUGGUGGCGAAAGCAGAAGAGCAAGAUGAUCCCAUUGAGGCCAAGCUGGAGGGUAACAAGGUACCUGGACCCAGUGAGCAGUGGAAUGACGAGGAGAAUGAAAAUGAGGGUCAAUCGUUUGACCUUUCURACCUAGUCUCAGUGGAUCCUGCAAAUGUAUUCCCAAUAACAUCCCAAGAGGAGGUCAGCCAGGAAAUGAGAACGAUGUCGGUAGGAUACAAAAUGGAGGUAGAGCCUGGUAAAGCGGAGGCUAACGAGGAAGAGGAGGAUGACAAACCGCAGGACACAGAGGGAGUUAGCGCGAUAGUGGCACAGCAAUCAAUUGAAGGGGGGUCAGAUAAUGCACCAGAGGAGCUCCGAAGCCCUGAAGAAAAAGCACAAAYCAUAGUCGAGGGCCAGAACGUGAAUGAAGAACAACAACUAAUCACAUUAGAGGAAGGGGUUAGUGUAACAUACAAACAGGAAGACAUUGCAGAGGAGGGAGUGAGUGUGACUGUUGAACAGCAAGGUGUAGAAGAGAGCGAGAGGCAGCAGAAUGCAACUGAGGUAGAGGAUUUGCCAGUAGAGGAGGGGGAAGAGGCAAUCCAGUAUGGGUCACAGCAGGGUAGAAGAGAAAGUAGUCCAAGUACAGAGGAUUCAGCAGAGGGCGACAAUGAGCAAUCUAGGACAGGCUUGAAAAAAGGCAGUAAGAAAGUAAAAGGCAAGGGAAAAGAGGACUGCCGAAUGUCCUAGUUUUUAGGUCUGCACUCAAUAUAAACAACAGCAAAUAUUUAUGAAAGUGCAAAGAGUCUCAACUACUACAGCCAAUGCAAGUACCAUUCACAUUCCUUCCAAAGUUAUAAUUCGAUGUACUGUAUUUUGAGGUCCAAAAGUAUUUGUGACACAUUUUUUUUGUUUUGGCUUUGUAUUCCAGCACUUUGGAUUUUGAAAUUAUACAA